AUGGAAAGAGCUGUGCUGAAUUGCUCCUUUUGUGGGUCUCAAAUUAGAACUAAUAGCACAGUAUGUGAAUCUUGCUGAACCAUUAUUGACGAGAACCCAGAAAAGAUGAUGUUUUUUACAAUCAUGGAUGUAAUGAAAGAAAAAAUAGAACUCUAUAAAUCACUUACAAGGGAAAGAUUAUUUAUGCUAAGAGAAGACAUCAUUUGCUCUAUCGACGAAGAAUAUCAAAAAUACUACCAGCUUCUCUGCUUAAAUAUUAAAAAAUUCGAAAUUUUUGAAGAAUUUCUCUUAACUUUUGAUGAAUGUCCUAUACCCGAUUGGCUUAUUAAAAAAUGGUCACAAAAAGAAGAAAUGAUGAAGCUGCUGAAAAUCGAAAAAUUCAAGAUGAUGCAAGUUAAUUCGCAAGAAAUUCAAGAAGGGUUUCGACAAGCUGCAAAUGGUGAUUUUGUUUUCUUUACUCCCCCUCCAUAAGGGAGCAAAAUAAUUUUGCUCGUUUACGGAGGGUGGUUAUUUUUUUAUAUAAAUUAUACAGUUAAUUUUUUUUUAAAAUUUAACAAAUCCCAAUUCGAAAUAAUUUUAAAGCAAAUAUUAGUUUAAUUUGUAAAAUUUAUAUUUUAAAAUGCUAGCUAUUUAAAAUAUAAUAAAAUUGGAUAGAGAUUUCAUUAUAAUAAUUAUUACUUAUAUAUCAAUUUUUUUUUUCAAAAAAAUCUUAUAUUAAAGACCAUUUUUAUUUGAUCACGGAGGGUGGGUUAUUAUCCAAAAACUAGGAAUUUUUUCAAUGUUUUUGUUCGCUCACAGAGUGGAGAGUUAGAGAAAUUUUGAAAUCUAUUAAUCAAGAUAUGUCAACUUAA